AGCUCCCAAGGAGCUGAAAGGUGAAGUGUGCAGUUGUGAUGUCGUCUGCCGCUCUGCGGUUCAGGAUCGGAGCCCCGAGGCCACUGGACAAGAGGCGAUGGCUCCCGAACUGAGAGGGGACAUCAUUUCAGCGAUGGUGUAGCGUCGCUGCUUUCGUGUGCUGUUUCUUCUGCUGUUUCCGCCGAGUCCGAUUCGGAACAAAGGAGCCGCCUGCGGCUGGCCCUGACGGACAUGCGCACUGUCGGCUCAUGGGGGUAAUGACCGCGUUGGAUCGAGCAGUUUCUCCGGCGCGGAGACCUCUGGGCACAGGAGUUGCCAUUACUCACUUGCUUUAGGACAUUAUAAGAGGAGAAUUUUCAGACCAUAAGCUCAAAUCAAGCAUCAUAGGAAAACCUGAAAGAUAAUCAGUUCAGCAACAUUGGUCAUCAAAAAUGGAAACAAAAAGCACCAUGCUCAGCCGGGAGCUACUGUCCACAUAUUUUGUUUGUGAUUGAAGUAGUAACUGGUUGGCUAACCUGUUGAUACACAGUUGCAGUCACAUGGGCGAGAAUUGUGUAAAUGGCAGGGGUGUCUGUGGUAAAUAAGUUAAUUACCUGAUUGAGCUGGGAGUUCAUUCAUGGUGGUGAGAUGAUGUUCACUUGCCCUGUUUGUGAAAAGGAAUUCACUGAUUCAUCCCACCUGCUGAGACACCAGCGAGUUCACACUGGAGAGAGGCCAUUCACCUGCUCCAUUUGUUGGAAGGGAUUUACUCAGUCAUCCCAUCUGCUGAGACACCAGCAUGUUCACACUGACAAGAGACCUUUUAAAUGUCCUGAUUGUGAGAAAACAUUUAAAAGUAAACAGGAUCUGCUGAGACACCAACACACUCACACUGGUGAGAGGCCAUUCACCUGCUCGAACUGUGGGAAGGGAUUCACUAAUUCAUCCAACCUGCUGAAGCACCAGCGAGUUCAUACGGAUGAGAGACCUUUUAAAUGCUCAGACUGUGGGAAAUGUUAUAAAAGCUCAGAGGAACUGACAUGCCAUCAACGUGUUCAUACUGAUAAAAGACCAUUCAGGUGCUCUGACUGUGGGGCUGGGUUCACUCGAUCAUCUCAACUCACCAUACAUCAACGCCGUCACACUGGAGAGAGACCAUAUAUAUGCUCCAUGUGUGGGAAGGGAUUCACUUGCUCAUCCCAUCUUACAACACACCAACGUAUUCACACCAAUAAAAGACCUUUCAAAUGUUCUGACUGUGAAGAGAGGUUUAAAAGCAGAAAUGAGCUGCUGACGCACCAGCAUAAUCACACUGGUGAGAGACCAUUCACCUGUUCUGAUUGUGGCAAGGGAUUCUGUCGAUCUUCCCACCUCCUGAUACACCAGCGAGUUCACAAUGGGGAGAGACCAUUCAUCUGCCCUGUGUGUGGCAAGCGAUUCACUCAAUCAUCCAUCCUCCUGACACACCAGCGAAUUCACACUGGAGAGAGACCUUUCAUUUGCCCGGUGUGUGGGAAGAGAUUCACCCAGUCUUCCCACCUACUGACACAUCAGCUUGUUCACAAUGACAAGAGACCCUUUACAUGUUCUGACUGUGACAGGAAAUUUAAAACUAAAAGAGAUCUGCUGAUGCACCAGCGAGGUCACACUGGAGAGAGGCCAUUCACCUGCUCCACAUGUGGGAAGGGAUUCACCCAUUCAUCUCACCUGCUGACACACCAACGCACUCACACUGGGGAGAGGCCAUUCAUGUGCUCUGUCUGUGACAAGGGAUUCACCUGUACAUCCCAUUUACUGAGACAUCAAAGGGUCCACACUGGGGAGAGGCCAUUUACCUGCUCUGUGUGUAAGAAAGGAUUUACUCAAUCAUCCCACCUAAUAACACACCAGAGGAUUCACAUGCAACAGCAGGGAUUGGAUUCUGCUGAUAAUGACUGAACUAUGUUUAUUCUGACAGUUUUGUGCUUGUUUCUGAAGAUUUUAGUAACCCAUCUAACACCACUUGGGGUUAAUAUACUUGAUAAAUUUGAAAUAAAUCAGCACAGUUAAAAACAUA